AGAAACUGUAUUAUAAGCAGGCGUGAUGUCAUCAAAUGACGAAUUUGAGAAAAGAAGGAAUGAACUCUACAAACAAAAUAUGAAAGCCUGGAAUGGCGAUUUGUUCGAAACUGAUGGCAACCUUGAUACAAGUUUGAAAAAAAACACCGCCUUCAUCAAAAAAUUAAGACAGGGAAUAACGAAAGAAAACGAAUCACAGCUUGUCCAAGGAGUACGGACUAUCUCCUUAGAAAAGUAUUUAAACGAAAUAUCAUCUGCGCUAUGCGAGGCGUUGUGCAAAGUUUCAAAGACUACCGAUAUUCAAUGUGCAGUGGAGGUUGUUUCUGCCUUGCACCAAAGAUUUGCUCACACAUUCACUCCAUUUGUUGAACUUUUUUUUGCCUAUAGUAUGGUUCAGCCUUCAACAAAGUUGUUGAAAAAAGAUGAAAAAGACAGACAGGUCAAAAUCAAAAAUUUGAUCAGAUUAGCUAUGGAAUUUUUUUUAUGUGGAAUAUUCAGAUCUAUUCAAGAUAUGCCACUAACAGAAUUGCCUUUGUAUUUGACAAGGCUAAAAACUUCGAGCAAGGAUGAUAUACCGGUCAUUGUCCCAAUGCUGAAGGAAAUAAUGAGCUACGAUUUUGUAUCUGGUAUGUCGUUACCAGGAAUUUUAUCUUUUCUCAAAAGAUUUAGCAGCCUAAUUUAUGUUAAAGGUCCACGCUAUUCAGAAAACUAUAUGAUUUUCGUUAGAAAGCUUUUGAAGUCCUACAUAAAAAAUGCUGUGUCCACUACUGAGACUUAUCAUAAAAGUAUUGUAAACAAAAAGAUGACGGCUCAGGUAGUCUCAUUGAAAACCGGUAAGAUUGCUGCAAGCAUUGAAGGUAAGAUAGAAGAACUUCAACAUCAGUUCGAGGAAUUUAACUCGUUCUGUGAAUUUUCCUGCCCACUUGCAGAUAUUUCACUACCUGCCCUUGAGUCAGAAAUUGAGAGAACAGAAAAUUCCGUAGUGACUGUUCAGCACUCAGUUUCAAAACAAAAUGAUAUUUGGGAAAAUGAGGAAGCAAGAAGGUUUUAUGAAGACAUACCUAGUCUUGAAUCAAUUGUAUCAACUGAAGUUCUUGAAUCUAUCAAUGCGAAAAUUCUACCCCACGAAAUGAAGGGCUCUAAAAGUGCAGAUAUCAUUUUGAGAUUAGAUAAUGCAGAUUUGGCGGAAGAUGUGGACAAUGUUGUGAAAGAUUUCUGGGAAUGGGGUCUUAGUAAUAAAGCAUCAAGAAAUAGAUUAAGUAAGCACAUUGUUGAACUUCGAGACACUACGAAAUUCCGGAACUUUGCCAGGUUUCUCAAGAUCAAUAAUGCCUAUUUUGAAAAGUGUAUUGAAGAUUUGAUUGCAAGGUUAGACAAGAGUUUCAGGUUCCAAAUGCACCACGAUUCCAUCACUGAAAAAGAUAUUUUAUUGUUUGCAGAAUUAGUGAAAUUCAAGCUCAUCCCUGUCCAUAUGAUUUUUCAUAAGGUGAGAACAUUGAUUUUAAACAUUGAGGUCAAUAAUAAUAUAGAUUUGUUAUCCUUGAUGUUUGAUGCCUGUGGAAAAGUUUUAGUUAAUGAUGACGAAUACAAAGAUUAUACAAAAGGAUUGAUUCAGUUGUUAGUUCAGGUGUACAAGACAAAGCAAUUCUCUCACACAGAUAAAUACGCAGUAAAAGUAUUUUUGUUAUCUCUCAAUCCUCCGAAACUAAAGGAGCAAAACAUUGUUGCAUUGUCGAAAGAGGAAAGGUUUCUUUUGUACAUAAUCAAAACACAGCUUUCGGAAAAGACAUACGAACUUGUUGCUAAAAGAUUCAAAAACUCAGAUUGGGAUAAUCCUGUCAUUUACCGAACAAUUAUUCAAAUACUUUCCAAACCUUCGAACAUAAGUUUCGUCAACAUUGAAUUUUUGGCGAGAGUAUUCAGGCUUCUAUGUGUUCCUUCCAGGUAUACUCUGAGAACCGAAGUUGUAGACCAACUUCUUGAAAAUAUCACGACGGGUUUAGAAGAAAACGACCUGCAGCAAUCUCGAAUAAGAUUAUCCCAAGGAGUAUAUUUCAUUCAUGUUAUCAAUUUGAGAAUCAUUGAAGAGGAAUAUUUGUUUCCCAUUUUGUACAAAAUCGUUUGUUUUGGUCAUCAAGGCUAUAACCCUGAAAGGGAGAAAAUAUGCGAACUUGAUCGACCUGAUGAUCAUUUCAGAAUAAGAUUGAUAUGUUCGAUGUUGUUAGUUCUCGAUGUGAAAAGGCUUAGACUUGAGACGAUAAUUGGCCUCGAAACAUUUUACAAAUUUUUUAAUUACUAUGUUUUUACAAAAUCUGGACCAUUAGCUGUUGACCUCAAUUCCAAAUUAGAUGAUACAUCAAUGUACUUGAAGUCAUGCUUGAACAGUGAGAAUUUUUUUAGACCCAAUUCCUAUGAAGAUUCACUUACCAUGCUUCAGGAGGCAAUUUCCAAAUCAAAAAGUACUUCCGAAACAGAGAGUAAAGAAUUGAGCAAGAAUGGUGAAGUUAAAGGUGAUGCUGAGGGUAGCUCAAGCAGUGUAGUCCAAAAGAAAGAUCCUACCCAAAAGAAAGAAAAAUGCGCCGAACAUUUCGAUGAUGAUGAGAAACUUGGCCGCCACAACUUAAACGAUGAUGAUGAUGAGGCUGAUGACGAUUAUGCUGAUGAUGACGAGGAUGACGAUGAGGGCGAUGAGGACGAUGAGGACGAUGAUGACGAUGAUGCCGAUGAUGACGAUGAUGACGGUGAUGCCGAUAAUAGAGCAGAUGUUUAUAGAGGUCAAGCCAAAAGUCAAAUCAAGUCUGAAGGUCUCGAUAGUGAAGAAGAUACAGAUGUUGAAGAAGACAUUGAUGACAUUGGUGGUAAUUAUUACGACGAAGACGACGACGAAGAGGAGGGGGACGACGACGACGGCGACGAUGAUGAUGAUGAUGAAGAAGAAGAAGAAGAAGAAGAAGAAGAAGAAGAAGAAGAUGAUGAUGAUGAUGAUGAUUAUGAUGAUGAUUAUGAUGAGGUUGAUGUGAGUGCUUGUGGUUAUGACACUGAUAGUUAUGACAGCGAAGAGGAUUCCGAGAGUGACGAUAACAGCGCAAAUGGAAAUAUAGAAGUUGUUUCGGACUUUGUGGACGAAGAGGAAGAGGAUGAAGAUGAUAUGACAAAUCGUGAAAAAGCUUUCUUUGAUGCAGAACUUGACAUUGAAUUUGCCAAGAUCAUGAACGAAAGUUUGACCAACGCUGCGGCCGCCAAACCGAACAAAGGAUUUUUAAGUGACAGCAUGGGGACUCCAGAAUCGAUAAUAUACAAGCUCAAAAAAGCAACUACCGAAGAAACAGGUGCUCUGGCCACUGCUGAUCAUGACAUUCUUCGUCCUACUCACAGCCAAAAAGACGGCAGUGUCAAGUUCACGUUCUUGAGCAGAUCCGGAAAAAAGGUGCAGCAGAAGGAUAUUUCGGUGCCGGACUCAUCCAUUCUUGCCAUCAACGUGACAAGGGAGCAGGAGAGAAUGCGUACGGAAAAGAACAAGAUCAAAAGUUUUGUUCUGAACAGUGUACAUGGGAAGUAACAAAAUGUAUAGUUUAUAGAUGAUAGAGAGACGAAUGCAUGCAUCUUUUUUUGCGCUGUCGACU